CAAGGCUGGAUUCAGUGCCAGCCCUAACUGAGCUGCCGCCUUAACAUAACAUGAGAGCAGCACAAGCUGCGCAAUCCUUGACCCGUUUCCGCCGACCGCCUUACCAAGAGGCCGCCUGACAUCAUAUCAUGUUGGAACCCGGUUUUUCGAAUUUACGCUGCACUCGCGGGGUUGGCACGUUGGUCAGCUGCAGCGCCAUCCUCUCCGCGUCUGGUUGGCUAGUAGCACGUGACCGAUAGGCUGACAGUGCGGCGGGCACCCAAAAGGGUGCCCUUGGCUGCCUUGAGCGGAUCCAAGGAGGAGGCUCAUCGUCGUGAUGGACACGGCGCUUUCGUUCCUCUCGUACGAGCCCAAAGCCGGCGAUGCGCCUUACGAAUGGAAAGACUUUGACGCCGCAAAACUCCGGCAAUACCUAAAGCCGCCAUCAUCCCUUAGAUUCCGAAGAUACAUAGGCGGCGGCAUCGAAGGCGUGGUGCUCCACGCUCGAGCUGAAAACGACGAGGAGGUGGCCGUAAAGAUUUACUUUCACAACAAGCAGCCAGAGCCGAUACGGGGGACCAAACGCCUUUUUGCCUUUGAGCGGGAAUGUCGAAAUCGUGCGGUCCUUGAAUUGGUCUCGACCAGCCUCCGCGAGGCCGACGCAAAUGACAGGCCGAUUCUACUCCACCCGAGACCCAAGACCCGCGAAGACGCCAUCAGAAACCUCCGGGCGUUCUCGAGCGACUACGGCGAUAGAUAUCGAUCCGACCACCCGGGAGGCUUUGAGGCCGUCGUUCCUACUGUUCAUAUCAACGACUGCCUGGGCUGGAUGCAGCUAGAUGGCGACCAAGUCUGGUCUCUACUUGGCAGGCUAAGGGUGGACCACCAGGAUUUGACCAAGCUCCCGUGGUACUUCGCCAAGUUCGUCCCCAAGGGGGACCACCAAAAAGAUAUGGUCCGGUCACAGUACAACUUUUUCUACUUGGCAGGUUUUGUUUGUGCGCCAUACAAAGAAGACAACUGGCGCGGUUCUGGCAUUCUUGUGGAUAUGGGCGACCUGGUGCUACCAAUGGCCCCGGAGUGGAAAGCAUUCUAUUAUGGGCGAAGGGUUAAUAAGGAAUGCGGGGAGUACUGUUUGGAGUAACCAAUCACAGCGAAACGACAGCGCUGUCGCCGUCGUGCCUCCGGGUGAGUGUGAGACGGAUGAUGGGGGCUGAUGACGUUGAGGCGAGAGUCUCGAUUGUUUGCCUACCAAGAACAUCUCGAGGGGCUGCCUAGGCGGCCCGGCGACGGGAGAUCCGGAACAAGACCCCCGGAUGGAUGGGGUAUCAGGAGGACGUAUCGCCUGGUCUGGCCAUGCGGUUGUCCGUGGUCUCCGGCCGAGCCCCCCCCUUUGGCCUGUACCACUAUUUUUGAUGAUGUCAUGGAACGGGCACACGCAGACCCCCCUCAUCUGCUAAGCUCACAAAUGCAAGACAUGCCGGGCAUUCUGGCGCCCACAAAGGGGCAAGGUGCGGGAAGAAAAAGAAAAAAAAAGAAUCGAAUCAAAAGGGGAAAACAACGCAGGAAGGAAUCAGUACCGGGUUGUUGCUCCGAUUUAAUGUCGUCACCCAGCGCCCUUUGCGCCCCACCUAUAACAAGCGACACAGGAGGAUAUUGGCGGCUGACCGGGCCCUAGAUUGGGGACUACAACACGGUAAUAAUGAACGCACUACAUGGAGAUCUACUGCUUGCGGCUGUUUGUUUUGUUUGUGUGUCUAUAUACUUUAGCUAUGAACCACACCCGCUCGGGGAUGAGAUAACGAGGGGUAUUUGAACCUGUCCAAGAAAUGCAAAGGAAACAAAAAAAAAAAAAAGGAAACGAAAGCAGAGGAUCCGUCGAUGGGUAUCCGUGAGCGCUCAAUACAAUCCUACAUGUAAACAAUGUUUAGGUUUAUUUGCUUAGGGGGAAAGAAAAGGGAAAGAAAGAUCCUGAGCUAC